AUGCCCAACUUCUCCGGGAACUGGAAGAUGAAAUGUUCUGAAAAUUUCGAGGAGCUCCUGAAGGCGUUGGGUGAGUGA